CAGACAGACAGACGGCCUCGGCAGAUGUCGCCUCCGUCAUCUCCAGAUCCAGAUCCCUCUUAACCCCACAAAACACUCCCCUUCAGAGUCAUACUGUCACUCCUACUCCCCACUAUGACCCUCACAACGGACCCCCUCGACUCGCUCACUACUGCCUUUUCGCGCUCGCUCUCUCUCAUCGCCCCAGACGCCACAAAAGACCUCUCCUUGCCGCUGGUCGGCUGCGAUGCUCCGGCCACCGACUUUGCUCGACAGACCAUUAUGGCGGCACCUUUUCGAAACAUUGUAUUGGCAGAUUUCGAAGAUAUUCUUGGAAUAUAUUGGAAUCUACUCACAAACGUCCAGAACAUGGUGCACAAGCACCAGCUGAAGAUUGUCAUCUUCUCGGGCUACGUCCUAGAUGCCCUCAAUCCCAUCGCCGCGUUCCUCACCACCGCGAAAGUCCCGUGUGCAUAUAUAUAGGGGUCUCCUGCCUGCACACCUGUAGAAGUACGCACAUUGACAGCACCUGGUCAUUGACUUUUGGGUUGCACACGGAGGCUGCAACACCAACGCGUUACGUCAUAACAUGCCUAUUGCCACGAGCGCAACCCUGCCCGCACCCUUGAGCUGCACCGCCACCAUUCGUUGUCCCUUCCUGCAGCUACGUACGUAUA